AUGCGGGCCAUACCAGAGCAACAGCAUGAUUGGAAUUUACAUGAUGAAUAUUUCAACUUUACCCGUGGACGGUUUGUUGUUGACGAAAAGAAGCAAAUCUCAAAACGACACAUUUACUUUAACAUGAACGAGCUCGCUCAAGUAGCUGCAAGAUCAGUUGGUGCAAAAUAUUGUACAAACAUCGAAAAGUGUGCAGAUGGCAUGUUCAACAAAGCGUACAUCUUUACCCUUGACAAUCAUAAACAAGUCGUUGGCAAAGUUCCAAAUCCGAAUGCCGGCAUACCUCACUAUACAACUGCCAACGAGGUAGCAACAAUUGACUUUAUGCGUAAUGUGCUGAAAACGCCAGCACCAGAAGUAUAUGCUUGGAAUUCCCGAUUAGACAAGGGAAACAAUAUCGGAGUCGAGUACAUUAUUAUGGAAAAACUCGAUGGAAUUCAGCUGGGGAGGGUAUGGCCUUCCUUAGAUCCCGCAGAUAAGAUGAAAAUCUUCCUCCAAAUCUUCGAUUGCCAAAGACUUUGGAGCGGGACGAAAUUCACUAGCUUUGGGAGCCUUUAUUAUCGUGAUGACUUGGAUGGAUCGGUUUGCAAACCGCUUGUUGAUGAUCGACGUAGCCAACCGCCUGAGUUUAAUCGAUUUGCUAUUGGCCCAGCCACGGGGCGCGAAUGGUCUGAUGAUGGUCGAAUCUUCUUGGAUUGUGAUCGAGGUCCAUGGAACUCUUUACAUGAGUAUCGGAUAGCAAUUGGACUCCGAGAAAAGUUAGCUAUUGAGAAUAGUCCAUGUGCUCCGAAACAACUGGCAAUGCUCUAUGGUCCAGGCCUCUAUAAACCCACACUCGAGAAAAGGCUGGAUGCUGUUAAAUCUUACCUGAAGCUUGCCAGUUUCCUCCUCCCCUCUGAUCCAUUAUUGACUAGUGGUCACCUCUGGCAUGACGAUCUCCAUAGUGAGAACAUUUUUGUUAGCCAGAAGAAACCCACGGAGGUGGUUGGGAUUAUUGACUGGCAGUCAACUCAAAUCUCACCUCUAUUUGACCAUUGUAUGGAUCCGGCCUUCCUAGAAUACGAUGGUGACCCGAUUGGUGACAGUUUGAAGCGUCCUGAACUUCCAGAGAAUAUCAAAUUCUUGCCUGAAGAUGAGAAGAAGGAAAUCAUUAACCAGUACUUAGACAGGUCUGUUAUGGUAGCCUGGCGUAUGCUCGUGAAGGGUAAAAACCCCAGUCAAUAUACCGCCACGAUGUUCGAAAAUACGACAAAAGGAUACUUACUUUUUCUUUCCCGCCGUCUCUAUGAACUGGGGGAGCCUCAAUUCCAUGCUCUAUCACUAGAACUACGGAACGAGUGGUUGAAAUCUAGAGCAGUCGAUGGUAAGGAUAAAUUUCCACUUUCCUUUUCAACGGAGCAAGAAAUUGAGAUCAAGGCCGAUAAAGAGGCUGCUGCGUUAAGCUCCGAGGCCAUGAAGAGUAUACAGCAGCAGCUUGGCCGCAUGUGGCCUGAUAAGGCUGUGGCAGAACAUGACGACUUCGAGGAGUUAAAGUCUAGACUAUCUCGGAUAAAAGAAGAGUUAAAGUCAGAGCUAGCACGAACGGCCGAAGCGCGAGCAGAGUUGGACAAGUUCUGGCCUUUUGACGAUUGA